GUUUUGUUUUAAUCUGCAACAAGAGUUAUUGGUGUUGUUUUCUUCAUCACAAUAAAAGUUUAUUUGAAUAUAAAGAACAGUUUAUGCCACGAUUAACAAGAUGAAUUUUAAUUAACUUAAUUUAAAAAGAAAUUUUAAAGCCUGAUUUUUUUGUUCUUUUCAUUCAUUGGAUGCACUAAUAUAAGGUUUUUCAACUCGAUUCAUAAGGAUCCUUCCACUUAAAAAAAUCACUCUGUUUUCAAAUUUUCGCGCCAGAAGAAGGAAAAUGAGAAUCGCAGAAAUCUCAACGCCGGAACUCCGGCCACCUGCACAUGACCCGCAAUCCCCUUCGCACCACCAAGACAAUCACCUCCUCUCUCAAAUCGAAUGCAAAAUCAAACAGACCGAAACCCACCCACCCGAUACUCCACUACCCGACUCGCUCCCUUCCGAUCUCCGCCAACUCUUAACUCACCUGACUCAACUCCUUCCUUUCCCCACCACCAACAACUCUCUCAAACUCCACCUCUGGAAACUCAGCUACCGUCUCUGGAACGCCUGCGUCGACCUCUCUAACGCCGCCGCCAUCCGCUCUCCAUCCUCCAAUUUCUCUCCUCAAAAUGUCGCUAUGCUCCGCCACGUGGCAGCCGAUAUGCUCUUCCUCGCCGUAGAUGUCGUCGGCGUCCCUUCUCCGGUGAUCAAAUGCGCUUCCUUCUAUUACAAGACAGGUCUGGUCUGGCACGAUCUUAAAAACUUCGAUCUAGCCUCAACAUGCUUCGAGAGAGCCACGGAUCUCAUCUCGAAGCUCGAUAUAAGGAAAAUAUCGGACGCAGGAGAGAGGAAGCUUCUGUUAGAUCUAAACAUCGCGAGGUCUCUCACCGCGUGGGAGAUUUCAGAUAAAAAUCUCGCGAUAACAUUGCUGAACCGGUCCAAAACUCUCCUUUUCGGUUCACCAGUUCACUUCAAAGCUCUGGCGAACCAGUUCUUAGCUUUUGCUAAGACCGCUUUAUCGAGAACUGAAAAUAAUGGUAGCUUCAACGAAGCCUUGAAGCUUAUGAACGAAGCUUUGGAAUUAUGCGAGAAAGGAUUAUCUAUUUCCCGAACACGAGAAGAAACGGUGGAGAUCAAGGAAUUAAAAUCCAAAACCCUGCGUUUCAUCUCAGCCGUCCAUUUGCAAUACGGAGAGUUCGAAAGCGUGAUCAAGUGCGUUAAAGUUUUAAGGGAGAACGGUGGUGAGAGUGGAGAUCACCACGCUUCAUUGCCGGUUUUGGCAAUGAAGGCGUGGCUUGGUUUAGGGAGGUAUAGUGAGGCGGAGAAGGAGUUGAAGGGUAUGGUUGUUAAUAAAGGGAUUCCCGAGGGCGUUUGGCUUUCUGCGGUGGAAGCGUAUUUUCAGGCUGCGGGAACUGCGGGGUUGGAGACUGCGAAGGGGAUAUUUUUGGGGUUGCUGGGACGAUGUCAUGUUAGUGCACGCGCGGCUGUGAGGGUGGUUCAUAGGGUGGUGGGGGACGAUGGUGGAAUUGAGGGGUCGAGGAUUAGAGCGAAGGUGGUGUCGGAGCUGGCCUCAGAUGAGAGAGUGGUUGCGUUGUUUGCGGGUGAGGCUGUGGCGAAAGAGAGGACGGCCAUGCAUGCUGUUCUUUGGAAUUGUGGUUCAGGUAAUUUCCGAUUGAAAGAUUAUGAAACGAGCGCUGAGAUGUUUGAGAAAUCUAUGCUUUAUGUACCACAUGAUAUAGAGAAUAGAGUUCUUCGAGCCAAGGGCUAUAGAGUUUUGUCUCUCUGCUACCUUGGUCUUACUCAACUUGAUCGAGCUCAAGAAUAUGUCAUUGAGGCUGAUAAGCUUGAUCCAAACAUCGUAUGUGCUUUCCUUAAGUUCAAAAUCUGUCUGCAAAAGAAUGACCACUGUGGUGCUAUCAAUCAGAUAGAAACAAUGAUAACCUGCAUGUGUUUCACUCCAGACUUUCUGUCUCUCUCAGCCCACGAAGCUGUUGCUUCCCGUGCUCUUCCUGUUGCUGUUGCCGCACUUUCCAAGUUACUUAACUUCUACACCUCAGGGAAACCAAUGCCAACAGCAGAAGUUGUAGUGCUACGCACCUUGGUCGCAGUUCUCUCUCAAGACCUUGGUCAAGAGGCUGAAGUCCUAAAAUUCUUGAAACAAGCAUAUGAUAGAGCUUCUAAGCUUGGAGCUGACUGCUUUUUUGGAAAAGGAGAGGUUGGAAGACGAGAACAGAAUUGGUUUGCCGUAACUGCAUGGAAUUUUGGAACAAAAUGUGGAAAGGAAAAGCACUAUGAUUUAUGUGCUGAAUUUUUUAGACUGGCUUCUGGAUUUUAUAGUUUUGUUGUUGAUGGACAACUGGAAGAAAACCAUAUCAUGACUUGCAGAUCAUUGAUACUGACUGUAUCUGCAAUGACUGCUUCAGAGACCCAAAGAAUGAUUCCAUUGCCAGAUGCUGAAGUAAAAUGUGCUGUUGAGCUGCUAGAGAGAGCAGGGAAGAUACUGAAUUCGCUCUCAGUGGGGUCCCAGCUAACCGAUGAUAAAGUUGAUACCAUUGAGUCUGACCUCUUUUUCAUGUAUGUGCUCAAUGCCUAUGAUAUGCAUGGAAGACUUAACAAUUUAGAGUCCCAACAACGCCUUGUUAAGAGCUUUGCUGGCACAAAGGCUUGCAGUCCUCAAUACCUUCUCCAAAUUGGCCUGAAUGCUUCACAGGGUCCAAGGUUCAAUGUAGAAGUGGCAACCUUUGCUCUCAGUGAGUGUCUCUCAGGCUUUCUUUCUUCUGCCUCUCCAGACUACCAAAAUGUGGCACUUAUUGUCCGAAGGCUGAUUGCAAUAGCUAGCAUUCACAAGGGUGAUACAGAUGACGAUGCGGUGCUUAGUAUGUACAAGCAAGCAUACCGAAUAAUGGUUGGGUUGAAAGAAGGGGAAUAUCCAACAGAAGAGGGCAAAUGGCUAGCAAUGACUGCAUGGAAUCGGGCAGCCUUACCUGUAAGGAUGGGACAGAUUGAUGUGGCCAAGAAGUGGAUGAAUGCUGGGUUGGAACUUGCUAGGAAGGUUGUGGGGAUGGAGACUUAUCAGGCAUGCAUGGAGGAUUAUGUUGCCGGAUUUGAAAAGAAAUUUCAUAUGCAGGUUGCUGGUGAAAGCCGGCCUCAACUAGGGCAGCAGCAUGUGUAAAUCGCAUAGAUUUUAAUACAUGUUUCUUGAAAGAGAUAGCGUCCAUACAUUCGUUAAACCUCAUAUACUGUAUGUGUCGUGCCAAAUGUUAUGCAACAGGGAAAAAGAAAAUGAAGAUAAACAUUUACUCUGCUUGCCAUUCCAAUGACUGUAAUGCAAUCUUUUUUUCCUGUUGUAGUUAAAACAGGAAAUUAUAAAAAAACAGAACAAACUAGGAAGCUACAUCAGGAUGAGAUGUAGCCCCAAUAGCUUGUAUAAGUUCUGGGGUGCGCAACCCCUACAACAACCGCUAAAAGAGCAAGGGAAAUACAAUCAGGAGGCGUAUUAUACAAAACAAAAUCCAGCUCCUGAGUGACACCAGCUUUGGCAAGGAUAUCAGCACAAGCAUUCCCUUGGCGGGGCACAUGCCUGACUGCUUCAGCUCCCGUACUCUGCACAAGCUAUCUGCAAUCAGCGAUGGGGGAACCAUAAGAAUGAUUAAUGGUACCGUUAGCUGCAACUUCAAGUCCUCCAUAGAUGGCCCAUAAUUCAGCACUGAGGCUGGUAAGUGUCACCAAGCCUUCCAGAAAAUCCAGCAAUGAAUUUCCUUUUAUGGUUCCUGAUGACCCCUCCUGCCCCAGUGGGAGCGGGAUUACCCCAGGAUGAGCCAUCAGUGUUAAUUUUGAAGUGACCUGUAACUGCAAUCCAAUCCUCUGGUGAGAUGUAGUUUUAAUAUGAAACCAAUA